AUGAUUAUCACAAAGCAAUACCGCUGCAUACAUUCAGUAAGUUGUCGUUGCACAAAAGGGCAUCUUACCGAGGAAGUGAUAUUCCUGGUUUUUGAUCAACUAAAUUGGAACCCUAAGUUGGUUGCAACACUUUCUUGUGUAUGCAAAUGGUUUGACGAUCUUGCAAAACGAGUCCUCUGGAAAGAGUUUUGUAAGACACGAGCUCCAAAAAUGAUGCUUGAUUUGCAAUCCAAUGGAAGUCACAAUAUUGAUGGUAACUGGAGAGCACUCGGCAAGCUACUCAUAUACUGUUCCGGAUGUGACGAGGGUGGCUUAUUCAAUAACAUUCUCAUUCCUGGCCACUUUGUGUACAAAACAAGGUUCUCAAAAACAUCGGGGAAGAGCUUUUUAUUGCCACAGUGUAAAACUGAUGUUUUAUACGUGUCUGAUCCCUGUGAACAUCUCGGCCAAGGGGAUGAUGGGGAUGUUGGAUUUUUCCGAGGAAUAUUUAAAUCUUUUGCGACAUCAAAGGUCAGGAAAUUGCUGAUUAACAGGAGCGCACCACUGCAUCCUACAGGGAUGAAGCAUCAGAGGAGUGACGUAUUAGUGAUCACAAAGUGCAUCUUUAAUCAGGUACUAUGA